AAGCUCUGAAUUCAGCUCUCAUUUUCUCUCGUCUUUUCCCCUUCAACCCCCAGUCUUAAUCCUCAAUAUCUACUACUCCCUUAACCUAAGAAUACCAACAAACAACAACCCUACACACACACACACACAUAUAUAUAUAUAUAUAUAUAUAUAUAUAUAUAUAUAUAAACAUACAUUGAUCAAACAGUGCCUAGCUGCAUUACAAACAAGUAGUAAAAGGAAAUAAUGAAUUACAUGUUCAGAAAUCAAGAAUGGAGCAGCGGUUGCGAGUCAGGUUGGACUCUUUACUUGCAACAGUCUUCGAUUUCCACUGACGAAUCGCCGACCAAGAGAUCGAAUGAAGACGAAGAUCUGUCUAUGGUGUCGGACGCCUCGUCCGGGCCGCCGCAGCUGCAUGAGGAAGAAAACGACAAAAACGACUGCUUCUUUAACUAUAACUACACUACCACCGUUACCAAACCCUUGUCCAAAACCAGAGAAAAUCGAUGUCGGAAAAAGGUGCAGGACCUCGACGACACUGCUAGCUCCCAGCUUUACAAUAAAGCAAGAAGCCAGACAUCGGUGGAGAAUAUUAAUGUGGUGGAAAUGGAAUAUUCAGAAGGCUACUCCUCAACUCAAUUUGAAGUGAGGCCUGCAUAUCAGGAGGAGCAUUAUCAACUGCAGCAGCAAAACCAGUGGUUUGAAAUUGAAGGUAAAAGGUGGUGAAGAAAUGAAACAACAUUCAUCAAAUUGUCCUAUGUUAGCUGCUGUAAUAAUGUUGAAAAAAAGCUAUGUUUUUAAAAUGGUGAAAUUGAAUCUCAAAAAGGGGGUUUUGUUUCCCUUUCUCCUCUUCUUCCAUCUCUUUUUGUAGCUGUAACGCAAGUGGGAAACAGCUUCAGAGAGAAAAAGAGAAGAGAUAAGAAAAUUUCAUUCUCAGCUA